UGCUGGUCUUUAUCAGGGCGCCAGUUCGAAUCCCCCAAGACGAAAACCCCCGCUAAAAAACACAUGGAGGCGACAAAAGGAGUUUCGAUUUCAGUCAACGCCAAGCAAACGAAAAAUCGGGUUUUCGUUGCGUGUAGUGGAGAAAAAAUCAGUUUCCCCCAGUCUCUUCAGCUCUAAGCCACGAAUAGCCAUCACAAAUUCCAACAGAAAUAAUCAUAUCAGAGCAGUUGUAAUAUUCAUACUAUUUAUUUGUUCUUCGUACGGCAUUUGGAUCCAAAUGUUGUGCGUUGAAGCCAGUAGAUUGCCUGCUAAUCCAUCGCCGGAGAAUGUGGAAAUGCUGGGUUGAUUUUAUGUUGGCUGGAAGGGAAUUGUGGCGUGGUAUGGUCGGCAGCUGAGAUGGAACAGAGGUGGAGCAAGAGAAGCAAGCAUAAACAUUGUUCCUGAAGAGAAAAGGAAAGCAGUAAGAAAACAGAGAGAAGAUAUACAAAAUCCUAAAGAUCUUGGGGUUCGUCUAUUCGGCCGAGAUUGAACUGAGCUGUGAAAUUUGCAGAAUCUGGUGGUUUCUCGGCCGAAAUUCGAAGAAAAAUUGACUAGUUUAUAGUCAUUUGGGUUCAGGGUGAAUUUUGAUGGGAAACUGUUUACAAAAUCGAGGGGGUUCUUCAUUGAAAUUAAAGUGAAUAUUGUUAAAUUUUCAACAUCUCAGGGGUUCGCUGUUGCAAUCGGUUGGAAUUUGGUAAAUAUACAAAGUAUCAGGGUUUCCCGAGCUAAAUCAGUAGGAAACUGGUAAACUUACAACAUCACAGGGUUGCGCGGCCUAAAUCGGCAGGAAACUGGUAACCUUUUGACUUCUCACGGUCUGUCGACCGAAAACUGUAAGUUUACAAAACUUCAGGAUUUUCCUGGUCGAAAUCCGCAGAAGACUGGUCUAUCUACACAAUGUCAUGGUUUGUCUGUUUAAUUUGGGAGGAAAGUUGUUAAAUUUUCAAAGUCUCAGGGUUACUUGGCCGAAAUCGGUACGAAACCGAUGCAAUUGCAAAGUCUCAGGGUGUCUCUUACGAAAUCUGCAAAAAACUGGUAACUUUACAAAAUUCUCAGGUUUGACUAUCCCAAAUCGAGAGGAAACUUGAAAAGUUGUAGAAUCUCAGGGUUUCUUGGGGCGAACAUAAGGGGACUGGUAAAAUCUCAAAAUCUAUGUGUUUCUCUUCCGGAAUUUGAAGGUAUACUGUAGAGUUCUAAAACCUCAGGUGAUCUUGGCCAUAUCUGGAAGGGAAACUGUGGACUUACAUUGCAGAUUUUCCUGGCCAAAAUAAGAAGAAAAUUUGCAUAAAUAUUCAGAAUCUGAGGGUUAUCUUGGCUGAAAUUGAAAGGACAACUGUUGCGCUUUCAAAAUCUCACGGUUUUCUUGGCUGAAAUUGAAAGGACAACUGUUGCGCUUUCAAAAUCUCAGGGUUCUUGGGCUGAAUUCAGAAGGAAAAACUUCUAAGUUUAUCAAAGCUGGGGAUUUGAAGGACAAAUUUCGGCCAAAAGCUGGCAAAUUGAUAAAAUUUAUGUGUUUAUUGGCCAAAGUUGGAAGGAAAACUUAUAAAUUAGCAGGCUAGGUUUUUUUUUUGGGGGGGUUUUCAAGGGAUAUAUUCAGGGUCGGGCACAACGGGGGCCAAGUUUUCAAAACGUGGUCCCGGGGAUGGGGAAAUUGGAAACAGCAGUCACCACAAGCUUAUCAGUUUUGUGUCAGGGGUUCACUACAUUCGAAACCUCGUUUCAAAGAAGCGGAGGAGGUUGGUUGUGGCGGGAUUUGAUCUAGACAUGUCUUAUAUCACUGAUCGAAUUCUGGCCAUGUCGUUCCCCGCUGAACACAUGCGGGCAAUGUAUAGGAAUCCUCUCUGGCAGGUCAAGAGAGUGCUUGAUAUGCGCCAUGCCGGCCAUUACAAGGUGUACAAUCUCUGUAUAGAAGAAUCAUAUGAUCCAGUACACUUUCAUGGUCGUGUGGAAGUUUUUCCUUUUGAUGACAAUCAUGUCCCUCCGUUAUCAUUAAUGAAGCUGUUUUGUGAGAGUGUAUAUGCUUGGCUUUCAAGUGAUCCUCAAAAUGUGGCAGUCAUACAUUGCAUGGCAGGCAAAGGCCGAACAGGUUUGAUGGUAUGUGCAUACCUUGUUUACACAGGAAUGCCAGUGGAUGAGGCUUUGCAGUUGUAUGCUGAUCGUCGAACCACCAAUAAUGAAGGAGUCUCAAUUGCAAGUCAACGACGCUAUGUUGGAUAUUGGGGCAGGAUACUAACAUUCCCAAGUGGAGCACGUGUUGGGCCUCCCGAAGUUCACCUACCUCCUGUUAAAAGCAGAGAGUUACGAAGAAUUCGCUUAUAUGAUACUAUCAAUAUUAGCAAAGUUCUGUUUGUGAUUUCAGAAUUAAGAGAGGUACCGUUUCAGUUGUAUCAACCAGCAGUAGAAAUUACUCACAACUAUUGCAGACCUGUCAAAAGAGGAUACUACAGGACUAACAGUCCAAGAUAUUAUCUUUCCUUCCUGCGCAAAGAAGAGGAUGAAAGGAAAACUGAUCAAGAGCAACCCCGUUUUGUUGUGCAAAUGGACACAGAGAGUUCUGUGAUCUACAAGAAAACAUGCCUUGACUAUUAUUUUGAAAAACCCCUACGAGUUGCGGGAGACGUAAGGGUGGUUUUCUAUGAUAAAAAUAUAGGCAGUAGGCUAUUUUAUGCUUGUUUCAACACUGCAUUUAUUACAAACAGCAUGUUACAGCUUUCUCAACAGGACCUAGACAAAGUAGGGCGUAAAGGGAGAUCUAUAUGUGGGCCUGGUUUCUGUGUGGAAUUAUUGUUUGGACCAUCUGAAGCUCAGUAUCCAGGAUUGCCUUCGCAUGAAAGCACUGAAGAUUCUUUUUAACCCCAUAUUCAAGAUCAGCAACUCUGUUUCUGAAUGCUACUAAUGUUACCUGACACGGCUACUAAAAGUCAUCAUUCUUGACUCUUCAUGGCAUGCAAUUUUAUAUAAAUGGAUUUAUGCAAGGGCCUUUUGUAUCAAUAGAAACAUUGUCUUGCUUUGCCAUAACUAAUAUGAUCCUUAUUUGUAAAAGUUUCAAUAUACCGUCAUACUAGAAUGUGAACUUGGGUCUUGCCAGGUUUUGCUGAAGCUUCUGUUAUUUCAUUAUCUGUAAUUGCAAAUCCGGCUCUAGUUUUCUAAAAUUUGGCAUCGUUGCAACCAGUGGUUAUGAAGGCCAUGCUGUCUUGCAUCUUUGUUGCAGUCUUUUCCAGAGGCAGAUGCAGAUGUCUUCCUACAUUUCUGCUUAAUGCAGGUAUGUUAAACAUUAGUUUUUUGCAUGGUAGUUGCUUUACACUGAGGAAAAUGCAUGUAGAAAGUAUUAUAAAAUAGAUAUAAAUAUUUUGGUUU